UUUUGUUAUUAUUACAUAUACAUCAAAUAAUUAAUUAAAUACACUCCAAGUGCAACUUUCCCCAUUCAAAAAGGCAAACUUCCCACAAUGUCUUUUAGUACCAAACCGGAGAAGACGUGGGAAUCUUACCAAGAGCCGGUUAGAACUCUGAGAAACCAACAAUCACUAUCACCCACAGAUUUUAUAGAACUCGAAUAUAAAUGCAGGCAUUGCUGUAUGGGCUUCAGUGAUAUGGAAACUUGUCGAGAGCACAUUCAAAGUUGUGCAAGCAAAUUGUUGAAUCCCGUCAGUUUUAUUUUAAGGGAAGAAGAAGACGAGCCAACAGUUAGUCGAAAGACUAAUAACAUUGUAAAGACUGAUCCUAAUUUAAAUGAUAAUGAAUCAAUGGAAUCUUAUGCGUUUGGUGCUGAUGAUGCCACCAAUGAUACCCAUUUUUCAACUCCAAACACAGACAUGUCUAAAAUAUUAGAAGAACUUGAUAAUGACUUGAUCGAAUUAGACUCUACAUUUGCCAAACCGACAAAGAACACCACUAAUUGUCUUAACACAGAAGACAGCCUGGAAGCUAUUCAAGAUCCUGAAGAACAAGACAUAAUUAUUGAAACUUUCACUGAUCAAUCUUCCAACGAAGAAAAUGUGAAAAUUUUAAGGGUGCUUAAUUUGCCCAAAAAUAAAACCCCUUGUGAGGAAGGAAUACCGUUGCAGACCCUCAAACAAUCACUGAAUGCAAAAAAAUCAAAAGGGAAACUGAAAUUGAGAAAACCGCCGGGACUGUUGCCCCUUGAACAAAUCAGUAUUAAGCCACUGCCCAGAUCGACAGAGGAAUUAAAGCCAAAACCUCACGUUAGGACUUAUGCAAAGCAAAAAGGUUCUAAUGCAAGCAAAGCUAAGAAAAAUAAAAAGUUAGUUACUCCCGUUAAAAAAAUGUACUCGGUGAUCGAAAGGCCCAAACCAGUGGAGACUGAAGAGACCACCACAAAGUCAGUUUUCGAUUUUGUAGACGAGGAGGAUGAGAAGAAGAAAAUCCAAGAUGAGAUGCACCGAAAGAAACUAAAGGAAAUUAGUCAAAGGACUUGUCAGAUUUGCGGUGCGAUUUUCGACGAUCCGAUCUACGUGCUACGUCACAAAAGAGAAAAACACCCGACGAAAAAAGUCCAACUUCCCAAAGAGAAACUGAAAGUUUAUCUGGAACUGGACUGUCGACCUAUCUGCCCCUUGUGUUUCAAGCAAAUUCCUUCAUACCAGUACAGGUCGAUUUAUACUAAGCACAUUUUAACACAUACGGCCGAUCCAGAAUUCGAGUGUGAAAUUUGCGGGCAGAAAUAUAAGAGAAAAGAUCAUUUGGAGAACCAUAAGAAGAGGCAUGUGUAUGGAGUUAGUUGAUAAGAUUGUAUAGGAAUGGGAAGAUAAUGUUGAAAUUUAAUUUUAUUAAUAUUGGAUUUGAGUAGAUAAGUGUAAAUUAUACUAUAUUGUAUAAAUUUUUGUACCCUGUAAAUGAAUAAAGCAAUGAGCAAAUUAUUUGAA